CUCCGCGUCGCGAUGGGGAGAGGGACGGUGCAAAUGCUGCUGCUGCUGCUCUUGGGGCUCCUGCACUGGGGCCCUGGCGGGGAGGGCAGGAAGAGCUGGAGGCGGCGUGGACCGCAGCAGCAGCAGCAGCAACCAGCGGCGGCGGCGGCCCGAGAGCGAAGCGAAGCGGCUGGGCAGCCGGUGGAGAGCUUCCCACUGGACUUUACAGCUGUGGAGGGCAACAUGGACAGUUUCAUGGCUCAGAUCAAGAGCCUGGCGCAGUCGCUGUACCCUUGUUCCGCGCAGAAUCUGCACCAGGAGCUGAGGCUUCACUUGCUUCUGAACAGCUCGGUCACCUGCAACGACGGCAGUCCCGCCGGCUACUACCUCAAAGAAUCAAAAGGCAGCAGAAGGUGGCUUCUAUUCUUGGAAGGAGGCUGGUAUUGCUUCAGCAGAGAGAAUUGCAACUCUCGUUAUGAAACAAUGAGGAGAUUAAUGAGCUCCAAGGAGUGGCCCCUUACCAGAUCUGGAACAGGCAUUUUGUCAUCACAACCAGAAGAAAAUCCUCACUGGUGGAAUGCAAAUAUGGUUUUCAUCCCGUAUUGCUCAAGUGAUGUCUGGAGUGGAGCCUCUGCCAAAACUGAGAAAAAUGAAUUUGUCUUCAUGGGUGCUCUCAUCAUACAAGAAGUUGUAAAGGAAUUAUUGGGGAAGAGCCUUGGAAAUGCCAAGGUGUUGCUGUUGGCAGGAAGCAGUGCUGGUGGAACAGGGGUCCUCCUGAAUGUGGAUCGCGUGGCUGAACAGCUGGAAGAGCUGGGAUAUCCUGGGAUUCAGGUCCGUGGCCUUGCAGACUCUGGCUGGUUCUUGGAUAAUAAACAAUAUCGUAGGACAGACUGCAUUGAUACCAUAACCUGCGCCCCCACAGAAGCCAUCAGGAGAGGAAUUAGAUAUUGGCAUGGACUUGUUCCUGAACGCUGCAAAAUGCAGUUUAGAGAAGGAGAAGAAUGGAAUUGUUUCUUUGGCUAUAAAAUUUAUCCUACUCUCCGAUGUCCUGUUUUUGUGGUGCAAUGGCUGUUUGAUGAAGCUCAACUCACUGUGGACAAUGUACAUUUGACUGGCCAGCCUGUACAGGAAGGACAGUGGCUUUAUAUCCAAAACCUGGGCCGCGAACUGAGGAACACUCUCAAGGAUGUGACAGCCAGCUUUGCUCCAGCUUGUUUGUCUCAUGAGAUCAUAACACGCAAUCAUUGGACAGACAUCCAAGUGAAAGGGACCUCUUUGCCCCGAGCUCUGCACUGCUGGGAUCGCAGUCUACAUGACAACAAUAAGAAUGGGAAAGCCCUAUUAAAAGGCUGCCCAGUCCAUCUGAUUGACAGCUGCCCGUGGCCACAUUGUAACCCAUCAUGCCCUACCAUCCGGGACCAAUACACCGGCCAAGAGAUGAAUGUGAUCCAAUUUCUCAUGCAUAUGGGUUUUGAUGUGCAGAAGAUGGCGCAGCAGCAAGGGCUGGAGCCCAGUAAACUUCUAGGGAUGCUGAGCAGUGCUAGCUAGAAGUGUAUUCUCUUAACGACGACGGCUCGACUCUUUAGACACCCAAACAUUCUGCCUUCUUUGCUCACGUACAUCUACAGGCCUAAGUAGCCAAACUAACGCACAUAGCUCUUGCAUAAUUAGCCUAUCAGAAUCAAAUGGACAGAAUCUCAUCUACAUCACUUAAACGAAGCAUUACCUCCACAUUACUGCCAAGCAGUACCUCUGUUCACAAGGACAAUCUAUAGGAAGUAACGGGUGCCUAGAAACUCCAGUUUCAAGAACCCAUAAGGGCCUUCAUACAUUUCAUCGUUUCCAAGGUAUUUCUAGGCCAUAGAGUGACUUUGGGGAUGGGUGGGAGCACUGAAUUAUUCUCUCAUCAGAAGUGAAGGUCUGACCACGAGGACUUCCUGGAGCCAGCAGCUCACCAUGUAAGAUACUGUACAAACAAAGCACAGCGGCUACAAAUGGAUCUACAGUGUAUUCAAUUUACUUUUGUAUUGUUUCAUGAA